AUGGAACUCUACGAACAAGCCAUGUCAUUGGAUCAUCCACUGGCGUUAGUCCACUUGGGAAUGCAUUAUGAACGAGGAAUUGGCGUGACCCAGGACUAUACCAAGGCUGUGGAGCUUUACCAACGUUUGUUGUGCCAUCCUCGGAGUGCUGGAGAAGAUGCCAUACAAUAUGUGCAUAAGGCGUUGAGUCGAUUUGACAAGUCCGGCCUUGGUGGACUCGAGCAGUCCAACAAAUUGGCCACCAAGUACAGUGUUUUCUCUGAAAGCAACCCCGAAAGCGCUGUAGAGCUUGAGAAUUUGGAGCAGUGGUGGGAAACCACAGGGCAACAUUUGCCUGAUUUUCGGGCUCGGUGGGAAGAUCAUGACGAGAUAACAGCCCAGGAGGCGGGCACAUGUAUUAGAGCAGAUUCAAAAGUUGAUGGGGGAGUUCAGGUCCAUGGUCUGUUGCUACCGGUACCACCUAUGACUCAUUCAAUUUUAAGAAGUGACCUCGUCAAAUUCUGGACGCCGUCGCCUUCUGACAUUCUCGUUUUCGACAAUCCUCAAAUCCCAAGGCAAAUCCUAGUAUCCACAAUUCGUGGAAAGACUUUAGAAAUGUGGACUAUUUCAGAGGAAACCUUGGUUCAAAUGGACAACGAGAGAAGACAACCAAGCAGAGUCAGAAUGGUGAAGUCUCGAACAAAGUUAUGGAAGAUGCAUGCGUCUCGGCAGCUGAGCUUGUACCGAGAAAGCCCAGACCAAAAGACGGUCAACAUGCACACUUCUCUGAUGAGUACUAUCAGAACUAUGCGGGAAGCCGCUACAUAG